AUGCGGAAGAUGGAUGUAGAGAAUCAGUUCUUGGAUCUUUCUCCCAAUGGAUCUGCACCUGAACAGGAAGAAGAACCAGGAACCUUAGUGCCAUUAAACCAUCAACAGGAUGCCAUUAAAUGUCCACCUGACUGGAUUGGACACCAAGGAUACUGCUACAAGUUUUCAGGAGAGGAAAAGAACUGGAAGGAGAGCCAGAACUUCUGUGUCUCACAUGAUGCUUCCCUGGCCAAAAUUACAAAGGAAGAAAUGGCUAUUGUGAGGAUGUUCACAAGAUACCACGUCUUUUGGAUCGGCCUCAAGAGAGAACCAGAACAGCCCUGGAAGUGGCUAGAUGGAGAAUAUUCAAUGUUGGAAGUCAUGGGAAAUGGAGGAGACUGUGCGUAUUUGGAUGAUGAUACCACAGCCAGCUCAGGGAGAUGCACUACUAAACACCGCUACAUCUGCAAAAAAAAUUGA